AGCUUAGAUGCAGUGUUGUUUACUUUAAAUAACUUUACAUGUGAAAGUUGACUUAUUUCUACCAAUCUCACUACAUUUCGGCUUUACUUUUACCCUUUACGUUUAAUGUCUUGCCGUUAUGAAAGUUGGUAAUGUGCCUCGCUGUAAUGGUGGGACAAACAGGACAAAAUAGGAAUGAUCCAAGUAUCAGGGAAUGGAUUUUCCUCCAGGAAGCAUGUACAAUACUUUGACAGAAGAAGUCUUGACAGAACUGGGACCAGUGGACCCUGAUUGGUUCAAAGUGCUGACCCAGCAAGCUUCAGCACUUGAGGGAAACGCCUCGGAUCAGGAGGACCUGUGUGCAAACCAGGAGGGAAAUUUCAAGACGCCUUUGGAGAAACCAGCAGUGGAAAGUCAGCUUUUUUCAACGCCAAAAGUAUUUAGACGCGCUUGUGUUUUUUCACCGGACACUGAGGACGAACAAGAAAAAGAAACGUUGCCAUGGGCAACAAGAAGCCCUAAUUGGUUUCAUCCAUCAAAAGAAACGGCACCGGGUUCAAAAUACGGAGAGGCAGAGCCUCACACUCACGACUUUUUUAAUCUGCUUUAUACACCGCAGAAAUCUCCACUUAGCUACACCCAGCACAUAUCUGAAAGCCUCGGCGCUAACAUUCACCCGGACAUAUCAUGGACCAGCUCCCUGAAUACGCCACCCGCUCUGCCAUCCACCUUGAUUUUGUCUAAAAGAGAUGAAAGUCCUUGCUCAGUGCCGUUCUUUGAGGACAAGAAUGUUAUGUUUGUUCGGAAGCUCUUCCCUUCUCUUUCAAAUGUAUCCGGAAAUGCCGCUACAUCGCCACACAGCAAUGACCCGACUGUGCUGGUACAAGAUGCCGAACCUCCAGAGUUUGGCCCUCAUCCUGACUCCCCAAAGUCUCCUCAAAAUUCCCAGAACCACAACAGUGACGUCUGGAGACAGAAGCUCCCAGACGCUAUCCAGGACGGGGAACUUCGCCGCACAGUCGCCAGUGUUCUUGAGGGGGCUGAAAACACGCUGUCAGUGUUUUUCACUAGCAGUCAUUCGCCACUGAGAAAGGUGAAAAGAAGCAAAAGGAGACUAUCCGUUCUGGCGGAAGAGCGUGACAGCAGUGCCGCAGACUCCAAGACUGCACCCAUCGAGCAAGGAGAAUCUGACGUGGAGGCAUGCGGAAUGCCCGCUCAAAAAAGUCCUGUGAAAAGUGAAGCGGCCGGACACUCCCAGUGGUCCCCAUUGAGGUUAUCUGAGAUUCCUGCCACCACCGUGGAAACCCGCGUCGCCGCAAUACGAGAUAAAUGCACAGCACAAAUGGGGAGUCAAUGUUUGUCUGAUCAGCCAGUCAGGUCAUCUUUGAUUAUACCCAACUCAGGAUUGAUCAGGAAAAAGAGGACAUUUGUUUACACCAUUGAGAAAGAAAGACUGAAGGACAGCUCCACACAAGGCUUUGACCUCCAUGGUGAGCAGAUUCCAAAAGCCAGGGAUGAAGCAAACGGUUUUAACUUCAGCAACAACCCUCAACAACAGGAAGAAGCGCCGCCUCCCUCUCAUCGCUCAAGCGCGCACGAUCUGGACAUGUCGCAGCUUUGCAGAGCAUUUGCGCAAGAUUUCAGUCAAACGUUCAACUCGGUCGCACCACCUAAAGCACCGCGGCGUCAUCCUCCUCGCGGCGAUGCCUUCUCUCCUUCGGCAUGUCUCACGGCAAUGAAGGUGGCUCGCCAGAACGCCAAACGGCAAGCGAGCCUCGAUGACUCCCACAAUGAGUCCAUCGUGGAGGGCGCGGCGGGUGACAGCGGCUUCCUGUCAGCCGGUGCUGACGUGUCGCAUGUGACUGCGUCCUCUGCUCUCCCGAGCUCGCAUAAACCGGGUCCAAGUCAACAACGGACCACCGCUUUGGAGUGUACGAGUAAAGACCCAAACUGUGAUGACGCAUCAGCUCAAACAUUUCUCAGCGAUCAAACCAUCAAAGUUCCUGCGUUGGCGUCAGUCUGUGUCCAAAACCAGCAUGACUCCCAGCUGACCGCGUCCCAGAAGGCCGACGUGACAGAGCUCUGCACGCUCCUAGAAGAAGCCGACAGCCAGUUUGAAUUCACUCAGUUCAGAACCGCAAACUCCAACCAAUCAGGCAAGGGAACCGGCACCAUAUCCCCGAAAGCAGACAAAGAACUUGACGCCGACUUUCUUUCCGGGAUAGAUUUUGAUGAUAGUUUUGAUGCAGAAAAACAAGCUAAUCUCGAACAAUCCUAUGUCGCAAGUAAACCUACGCUCGAUUCUUCGCCCAGCUUGAUUAAAAAGGAAAACAACGUGACUUCCGCUUCUUCUGAGUUCAUACCUGGAAGAGGCGGAUUCAAAACAGCUGACGGAAACAUUGUGAGGGAUUCCGAAACAUGUUUCAGCACUUGGAGGAAAAGUGAUGGAUAUCCGAGAAACCACCGGGAAGAAAAUCAUGUGACAUUUGGCAAUGACAGAUCAGUGGAUUCUAUUCAAGGUGACUUUUCAUCAGUCAAACCUGUUCAAAAUGCCCUUAAAAGAUUCGGAGAAACGGAUGCGUGUCCACGUGGUUUCCGGAUGGCCGGUGGGAAGACUAUUUCGAUUUCGUCCAAGGCGAGGCAAAAGGUAAAGGCUUUUUUUAAAGACUGCACUGAUUCAGAUGUAGAACAGCAUCUUGUGAGGACUGAACCUGUAACCAACGCCGCACCUUCUUCACUGGAUCCUGUUGGAUUCUGCACAGCCAACGGGAGGAACGUGGGGGUGUCAGCCGAAGCAAUCGUAAAAUCCAAACGUCUUCUGCAGGAGGAAGACGCAAGCACACAAACAAAACAAGGACCAGCGCUCCAUGCUGUAGACCAUCAGCCAAGCGGAUUCCAGACAGCCGGAGGCAAAACAGUUUCAGUGUCUUCCUUUGCUCUUAAGAAAGCAAAAUCCUUACUCGAUGGAGUUGAGGGUGAACCAAACUGCGAAGACGAGGACAAGAAGGCAAAAUCCGUCUUCCGUUCCUGCGAAGAUGAGGACAAGAAGGCAAAAUCUGUCUUCCGUUACGGCGAAGACGAGGACAAGAAGGCAAAAUCCGUCUUCCGUUCCGGCGAAGACGAGGACAAGAAGGCAAAAUCCGUCUUCCGUUCCGGCGAAGACGAGGAAAAGAAGGCAAAAUCCGUCUUCCGUUCCUGCGAAGACGAGGACAACAACGCAAAAUCUCUCUUCCGUUAUGGCGAAGAUGAUGACAAGAAGGCAAAAUCCGUCUUCCGUCCCUGCGAAGACGAGGACAAACCCAGCAACAUGUUCAGUAGUCCUCUUGUGGAGAAUCCCAAAAGUGUUACAGAUUUAGCCGAUCCCACCCAUGAAAUCCUGACAAAAGCGCCCGUUGGCUUCUGGACAGCCGGCGGCAAAAGAGUUUCGGUGUCUUCCUUUGCUCUUAAGAAAGCAAAAUCCUUGCUCGAUGGAGUUGAGGGUGAACCAAACGGUUCCAAGACCCUCCAUUCACGACCAAGCGAAGGCGAGUUCUUGUCUGCUCGUGGGAAGCAACGGUCGACCAGCUCUCUCCUUGAGGCGUCAUCCGUUCCCGGUGGAAUGAUGCUCGAAAUGGCAGGAAAUAACAACAACAACAUGGAAAAGACGGAAUCUUGUGUAGAUGUAGACUUUGUUACAAAUGUUCCCAAAGCCAAUGGACGCAGCGACAUUAAAAACCUGCAGUCUCCGUCGUUGGACAAUGCAAAUCAGUCUUCAACUCCACCGCCCUUCUCACCGAAGAACACCGGCUCUGGUUCCCGUAGCGACAGUGGAUUCCACGCUUCCAGCGUCUCAGCUAGUUUGCAAAACAACAAGGAGGACAUUUUGCAGAGUGUCGGCUUUCAGACAGCUGCCGGAAAAAGAGUUUCUGUUUGUUGUGCGGCUCUCAAGAAGGCAAAAUCCCUUUUCCAUUCUUGCGAAGACGAGGACAAGAAGGCAAAAUCACUCUUACGUUCCGGCGAAGAUGAGGACAAGAAGGCAAAAUCCGUCUUCCGUUCCUGCGAAGACGAGGACAAGAAGGCGAAAUCCGUCUUCCGUUCCUGCGAAGAUGAUGACAAAAAGGCAAAAUCCGUCUUCCGUUCCGGCGAAGACGAGGACAAGAAGGCAAAAUCCGUCUUCCGUUCUGGCGAAAACGAGGACAAACCCAGCAACAACAUGUUCAGUAGUCCUCUUGUGCAGAAUCCCAAAAGUGUGACAGAUUUAGCCGAUCCCACCCAUGAAAUCCUGACAAAAGCACCCGUUGGCUUCUGGACAGCCGGCGGCAAAAGAGUUGCGGUGUCUUCCUUCGCUCUUAAGAAAGCAAAAUCCUUGCUCGAUGGAGUUGAGGGUGAACCAAACUGCGAAGACGAGGACAAGAAGGCAAAAUCAGUCUUCCGUUCCGGCGAAGACGUGGACAAGAAGGCAAAAUCAGUCUUCCAUUCCGGCAAAGACGAGGACAAGAAGGCAAAAUCCGUCUUCCGUUCCGGCGAAGAUGAGGAAAAGAAGGCAAAAUCCGUCUUCCGUUCCGGCGAAGACGAGGACAAGAAGGCAAAAUCAGUCUUCCGUUCCGGCAAAGACGAGGACAAAGCCAGCGGCAACAUGUUCAGUAGUCCUCUUGUGGAGAAUCCCAAAAGUGUGACAGAUUUAUCCGAUCCCAUGAAAUCCGAUGAAAGCCUGACAAAAGCGCCCGUUGGCUUCCGGACAGCCGGCGGCAAAAGAGUUUCCGUUUCAUGUUCCGCUCUCAAGAAGGCGGAAUUCCUUUUCAGCGACUGCAAUCAAGAUGAAGACAAAUCCAGUGAAAAUCUGUUAAAUACUUCACAUUUGGAGAAUUCAACCCCCCGUGCAUCUACAUCUAACGGUGGUGGAUUCUGCACAGCCGGAGGCAAAAAGGUGCUUGUGUUUGAUGAUGCAAUGACGCCAGCAAAGACCCUUCUGGAUGAGCGCUUGGACAAACCACAGCAUCAUAACAACGUUGGCUUCCAGACAGCCAGCGGCAAAGGAGUCGCUGUUUCAUCUGCCGCUCUCGAAAACGCCAAAUCCCUUUUUAGUGGUUGCGAUGAAAAUGAAGAGCAAGUCAUUGAAAAUAUGUUAAGUGUGUUUAAUCCAGCAGAUUCAACCCCGUCCAGAAAUGGUGCUAAAAAGGUACCCGUGUGUGAUGAUGCAGCAAAUUCCCUGCUGGAUGAAAGCAUCGCAUUUGAGGGCUUGGACAAAGCGCAAUAUUGCAAAAAUGCCGGUUUCCAGACAGCCAGCAACAAAGGAGCGUCUGUUUCGUGUGCAGCACUCAAGACGGCGACAUCACUCUUUGAGUGCCAUGAAGACGAUGACAAAAUCUGUGGCAAAAUGACCUUGAAUGUCCUUGAAUCUGACCCCAAUGCAUCCACAUCCAAUAAUAAUGGUGGUGGCUUUUGCACAGCUAGUGGCAAAAAAGUUCUUGUAUCUAAUGAAGCAAUUGCAAGAGUAAAGUCCCUGCUGGAUGAAAGCGUCCCGGUUGAAGGCUCAGAUGACGCACCCCAACUUAAAGAUACCGGCUUUAAGACGGCUAAUGGCAAAGCAACAAUACUGCUAAACGAAUGCAACGAUUUGCAACACAAAACAAAUACUGCAUCCCAGCGUCCUCAACUCAACGACGCCCUCCUGAAUGUAAAAGCUCUUUUUGCAGAUGUCCCACUUCCAAAUAUAUCCAAUGUUACAGACAUGAAAGUAACCUUGAACACACCUCGAGUGGCGGCGCUCACUCAAGAUGAAAACUCACGUGAAGAAAAGCCAGAAGAUGCACACAAGGGCGUCCUCACGCGUCCGCAAAUGUUGCACUGUGAAGUCAAGCACAUGUACCAAAGAGACACCCUUAAGCUCCAAAGACCAGAAGAAGCUUCGGUGGUGAACUUUCAGUCCCUCGACAUGAGCGACUGCACUGAAACGCAGCAGAUAUAUCUGGCCCAGGAGGCACUUGACUGCACCAAAGCUUUACUGGAGGACGAGAGUCUUGCCGGAUCCGCCAUGACAUUAGAUCGUAUACAGCCAACGAGCUCUCACUCCUACAAGACAGCUGGGAAAAGAUCAGCAGAACAUGCUGGCUUGACCGAUCAGCCUCCUCUAAAAAGAAGCCUACUGGAAGAAUUUGACAGAACUGUCAACAGAACUCUCGACACUCCAAGAGGAUCAAGACUCUAUCCACAAACAAGUUCUCCAAAUGGUGUAAUGAAGGACAGGCCGGUGUUCAAGUACGGCGCCUCUCGUCGUCCCAACAUCACACGGCCACACAGAGAUGGGGUGAGCUACGUGGAGAUCACAUCGACACGGCGCAACUCAACAGCAGGAGGCAGCAGUUUGCCUUUUCCGAAGUCUCCUUCAUAUGCGCCUCCAUUUUUUAAGAAGAAACAGGCGCUGCAGAGCAACGUGUGCCGAAACGGCAACGCUAGCACGCCUCCGUCAUUUGUUCCUCCCUUCAAGAAACCAAGUAUUAUCCAGCAGAGCUCCACAAAAACUUGUGCAGAAGACGUGGACGUAUGUCGAUCUGCACACGUGAGCGGUAAGGACUUUCAUACCGCAGCGUCAGAACACCCUAAUCCUGUCUCCAAUCAGACCCCCUCCAGCUGUCAUGGAGCGGAGAAUAUAAACAGGAGUCAAGAAAUGAUGCUAGAGAACAACGAAUUGGCACGAGACAUGCAAGACAUGCGCAUCAUGAAGAAGAAGCGCCACCCAAUCCGACCGUUACCCGGUCGCUUAUUCCAAACUAAAACAUCAGGACUCGUAAGGACAUGUUUAAAAGAAGCGGUCGGUGGGAAGCCCCCGGUCAAGUACACCCAAAAAGAGCUGUAUGAAUAUGGAGUUCAUCGGCAUGUGUCACAGAUCACCAGCGAGACCGCCGAAGCGUUCCGCUUCAAUCUUCAACACUUCUACAAUAAGAAUGCCUUUGCAGAUAAAGGCGCCGUACGACUUGCCGAUGGCGGUCACCUCGUUCCCAGCAGGGACGGGACUGCAGGCAAAGAGCAGUUUUACAGAGCGUUGUGCGACACGCCCGGUGUGGAUCCCAAACUGCUGAGUGAGGAGUGGGUGUACAACCACUACAGAUGGAUCGUGUGGAAGUUGGCGUCGAUGGAGAGAUCCUUCCCUCAAACAAUGGGCAGUCUCUGCCUGACCCCGGAGAGAGUUCUCCUACAGCUCAAGUACAGGUAUGACGUGGAGGUGGACCACAGCCGCAGGCCGGCUCUGAGGAAAAUCAUGGAACACGACGACACCUCAGCCAAAACCCUGGUUCUCUGCGUGUGCGGGAUCGUCUCGCAGCAAAACCGCAACGAGGCCAAGCCCCCACAAGUGGGCAGCACCCGGGUCCAAGUGGAGAACCUGUGUUCAGUGGUGUGGCUGACAGACGGCUGGUACGCCAUCAAAGCCCAGCUGGAUGAACCGCUGAGCGCCAUGCUUGUCAAAGGUCGGCUGGCCGUGGGCGGGAAGAUCAUGGUCCACGGUGCUCAGCUGGUGGGGUCUCAGCAGGCUUGCUCGCCUCUGGACGCGCCCGAAUCACUCAUGUUGAAGAUUUUUGCCAACAGCAGUAGACCAGCACGCUGGGAUGCUAAGCUAGGAUUUUACCGAGAUCCUCGUCCCUUUCUGCUGCCUCUCUCCUCUCUGUACCCCAAUGGCGGGCCUGUUGGAUGCAUGGACGUGGUGGUGCUCAGAAGCUACCCCAUGCAGUGGAUGGAGAGGAAGCAAGAUGAAGGUGUCGUGUUCCGCUCGGCCCGUGCCGAAGAGAAGGAGGUGGCUCGCUAUAGCAGCCACAAACAAAAGGCCACAGAGAUGCUCAUUGCGAAGAUUCAAGCACAAUUUGAAGAGGAGGAGAAGGAGAGCCAACAUCAGAAACGGAGUCUCUGUCAUCAGGAGGUUUCAGGUCUCCAGGACGGGCAGGAGCUUUAUGAAGCAGUGGGAGAAGACCUAGCUGGCCUUGAGGCUCAUCUGAGCGCACAGCAGCUGGAGACCCUGCAGGCGUACAGGCGAACACUGAUGGAGAAGAAGCAGGCCGAGCUGCAGGACCGCUAUCGUCGCGCUCUGGAGAAGGCGGAAGACGGCAAAGCCGGCUGUCUUCAACGAGACGUCACCCCCGUUUGGAGACUUUGCGUCGCCGAUUCCUUGAAUCCAACUGGCAACAUCCACCAAUUGAACCUGUGGCGGCCGUCCUCUGACCUGCAGGCGUUACUGAAAGAAGGCUGUCGAUACAAAGUCUACAAUCUGGCCACUUCGGAUGGGCGGAAGCGUAGUGGUCUUGCAUCGGUUCAGUUGACCGGCACCAAGAAAACACUAUUUCAACAUAUCCAGACUUCUCCAAAAUGGUUGUCGGUGCGUUUUCAACCCAGAGUGUCCACCAACUUUGUGGACCUUCAAGACUCACAAUUCCAGCCUCUCUGCGGAGAGGUUGAUCUCACCGGAUGUAUCGUCACUGUUGUUGAUGGACAAGGUCCAUCUCCUGCGUUUUAUCUGGCUGACCAGAAACUGAACUUUGUUAAAGUUCGCUGUUUCAGCAGCCUGCUUCAAACCGGCUUGGUGGACGUGGUGAAGCCUCGUGUGCUGCUGGCGCUGAGCAACCUCCAGCUGAGAGGCCAGUCCCUUCAUCCCACUCCGGUUGUGUACGCUGGAGAUCUCACCAACUUCUCCACCAACCCCAAAGAAGCAUAUCUUCAAGAGUCCCUUGACGUGCUCAGGAAUCUGCUCCGGGACCAAAACGACUUCUUUCUCUCCGCCGAGGAGAAACUCUCACAUCUACUGAAGUCCAAUGUCCGCAGCUCCGUGUGCUCCCCUGCUGUGCCUCCUAAAACGCCCACAUUUGCUUCCGACAAUCAAUGCAUGAAGACAACAGCUCAUCAGCCAGUCCGAAGCCUGGGCUGCUUCACUCCUGCGAGCAGGAACCCUCCUUUGCCUGACAAAUACACAGAGAAAGACCCAAAAAGCUUGAAGAGGAGAAGAGCUUUGGACUUCCUCUCUCGUGUGCCGUCUCCUCCUCCUCCUCCGUUGUUCAAUCAGGGCCCAGGGGCCUCACCUGCUGUAAAGAAAACCUUCAAUCCUCCUCGCAGAUCUGGGACACCCAGCACUUUAAGAACUGUACAGACCCCAGCCCCUAAACCUGUCCCAGCCCCUGCAGAGGAGGAAUGGGUGAACGAUGAAGAGCUUGCCAUGAUUGACACGCAGGCCUUGCGUGUCUGUGAUUCCCAUUAAGGUGUUACCCACAGUAGGCUGUAUUAUAUUAUAUUAUAUUGUAAAUAGGUUAAAUAAAUUAUCUUUAAGGAUUUUUUACUUAGUUUUGUCCAUAAGGGGAUUGUGUUUGUUUUCAUUGUUUGUUUGCAUUUCCAGUGUUCAGUUGGUAAUUGCCGUUCUAGUUUUAAUGAGUGUUGCAUAAAAUAUU